GUAUUUUUGAGUGUAUAGCUUAGCUUCUUUCCUCUCUCGCCAGUUUUUCUUCUUCGCUUCGAUCGCUCGAAAAUGUCUGGCUGCGGAAGUGCCAACUGCAACUGCGGGUCGAACUGCUCCUGCGGCAGCGGCUGCAAGUGCGGCCGCUCCUUUGACGAGAGCACUCUGCUCAUGCGAGAGGCUGCUGGAGACAUGAGCUUGAGCAGCAUUGUCUCCGCCUCGUCUGGAAUCUCUGGGGAAUCUGUCAUGUCGCGAGAGGAGAAUGGAUGCAAGUGUGGGCCAAACUGCUCCUGCAACGAUUGCAGCUGCCACAAGUGAAAGCUACUAUCUAUAGAUACGAUGGAGCUGCGACAUGAGUAGUAUUUUAGAAGCAGCUGUCCAUUUCUACCAAGUACUUGUGUUGUUGUAGUUGCUCUUCUUGCAACAGAUUUCCGUUUGUAUAAAGUUUCUAAGAAUGGAAUAAAAAAGAAAUAAUAUUUGUGAAACUAAA